ACAGGCAUCACACGGCUACGUUAUGCACCCUAUUAUGCCAUAUGUUUUCUCCCCUAUUUACUGGCUUUCCUUGUAUAUCGCGCAGCAUUAUGCUUUUGUGGGACACUAUGUGUUAUCUCCUUUUUGAUUUAUAAAUGGCAAAGAAGGCAUUUAUCAAUGUAUGAUAACAUUGAAGAGUUUCUUCAAGGUGACAAUAACCUCUUGCCAAUUAGAUACUCUUAUUCUGAUGUCAAAAAGAUGACAAGAGGUUUUAAAGACAAAUUAGGUGAAGGAGGUUAUGGCCUUGUAUAUAAGGGAAAGCUUCGUAGUGGUCAAUUGGUGGCAAUAAAGAUAUUGGGUAAGUCUAAAGGUAAUGGACAAGAGUUUAUCAAUGAAGUAGCUACUAUUGGAAGAAUUUACCAUGUUAAUGUGGUUCGCCUUAUUGGUUUUUGUGUUGAGAGAUCAAAACGUGCUCUUAUAUACGAAUUCAUGCCUAAUGGAUCUCUUGAUAAAUAUGUACUUUUAAAAGAAGGCAGUUCCCCAAUAAGCAUUACAAGCAUGUAUGAAAUUUCCCUUGGAGUGGCUCGAGGCAUUGAAUAUCUUCAUCGAGGUUGUGACAUGCAAAUUUUGCAUUUUGAUAUCAAGCCACACAAUAUUCUUCUUAAUCAAAGUUUUGUUCCAAAAAUUUCAGAUUUUGGACUUGCAAAGUUAUAUUCACCACAUAAUGAUGUUGUUUCUCUCACAGCAGCCAGAGGAACUUGGGGUUACAUGGCUCCAGAGUUAAUCAACAAAAAUCUAGGAGGUGCAUCUCAUAAAGCUGAUGUAUAUAGUUUUGGGAUCUUAUUGAUGGAAAUGGUUGGAAGAAGAAAGACCUUGAAUGCGUCUGCUGAGCAUCUAAGCCAAAUUUACUUUCCUUCAUGGGCUCAUGACAAACUCAGUAAAGGAAAGGAUGUAGAAUUGGGUGAUGUUUCAGACGAGGAAAAGAAAAUAGCAAACAAAAUGGUUCUAAUAGCAUUAUGGUGUACUCAGUUGGAACCCAUUCAUCGUCCAUCAAUGCAUGAAGUUAUAAAGAUGCUUGAAGGAGAGUUUGCAAGCUUAGAAAUGCCUCCAAAGCCUUUACUUUCACUACAAGACAAGCAAAAGGAGGAUAUUAAAAUCAACAUAAAUCCAACAGGGUCAACAAGUACACAAAUAGGUGAUUGUGUGGAUUCAGUUAGUUUGAUUGCAAAUGCAUAUUAAGCUAUGUUUGUUAUUAUCUAUGUAAUGUUAUUGAUAAGACAAAUUAAGUUAUCUGUGUGUAUUGUAGAGGUAAGUGCUACGUACUGAUUCUCCUUUCUAUUAUUUUGACAAUAAGUCGUCAUUUUUUUUUUU